CGUACCCUGAUGUCGUCUAUAAGCGGACAUACGGCACAAACAGCAGAGAGGCCAGAGCGUAGCCGUAACGCCAAGGCGCAAGCCCGCCACCGCGCAAAGAGAAAAGCCUACAUCGAGCAGCUUGAGCAAACUGUUACCAAGCUACAAACUGCUCUCGGCUUCACCCCCGAGCAAGUGACAUCCUUGCCUCCACCGUUGGUUAAGAUUCGCGAGCUCGAGCAAGAAAAUGCGCGUCUCACGAAAGAAAACGACGAACUGCAUCGACUUUUGGCCGAUGCAGGCAUUAAUCCAGUCACCGGCGCCCGUUCUCUCAGUCUAGACAGUAUGGGCAGACGCGGUUCUCCAUUGGGGGCUAAUUAUGGCGACCCCCAUCGCUCUGUAGAGCGCGACUUCAAGCGAAGAAAGAUGGAUGGAAUGGACGACUACCUCCCACCCAGCAGUCAUCACCACAGCGAUCUCACUCGGCCCCCACCUUUAACAAUUCCGCAGUCCGGCCAUGGUGGUCCUCACCAUUAUUCAGCAACGCAGCACACGUCCAGCUCCAAUAGCUCAACUCCAGGCUCACUAUUCUUGCCUCCACCUAAUGCUCCGCCAAUCGGGCCUCCCUUUGGCCAAAUCCCUAAUACACCCUCUGGAUCGAGCUCAACAUCGUCUCCCCCCUUUUCGCCCGCCACCAUGCAUGCCAACUCCAAUCCCCAUGCUCAUUCGCACUCGCCAGUCGGCCACCGCCCUCCAUCGAUUCCCCACGGUCUUUCGAGCUACGCGUCGAGCGCGAGCAGCCAGAGCUAUGUCAGCGUCAAGGCAGAAGACGAUAGCUAUCCGUCAUCGCACCAGUCAAACCACUCGCCACACUCGCACUCCAACCACAGUGCCGGCGGCCACCACUACACCCUGCCCCCCUUCUCCCAGACGAUCCCGGACCACUCGCUCGACAAUCAGACGAGCAGCUGGCACCCAAGUUACUCGUCUGAGCGCGCGCCGCUUCACCGGUAG